CCAGCCAUUUUCCCGCUCCACUCCAACAAAUCACAUUCUUGAAAUUUCCCCUUCUUAAUUUCAGUUCCAAUUUCGCGAUAUGAAAUUCUUCUCCCGGUUCGGUUCUUGUUGCCGGUCCCCGGCGACAGUGGCGCCGCGGCUCUACCAGGACACGGCUCCGGCGGACGAGCCCAUCACGCGUGCCCGUGUGGAGGAGCAGCGCGUUGGGAGAAUGCGGUGUUCGAAGUCGGGACCGGCGGCGCAUUGGCGGCCUGCGCUUUCGGCGAUUUUGGAGGAUAAUAAUGCCGCUGACGCCGAGCAGUUUCAGGUGAAUAAAUCCGGCGAAAGGAAGCUGGAGAAGAAAGCGUCCGGCCGGCGGGCCAGGGCCAUCGCCAAGUCACAAAGUUAUCACGGCAGAGAUGAUUACUGGACGAACUCAACGCCGGUGGCGAUGCCGACGAUUUCGCCGGCGCCGUUUAUGUCUUGAUGGCGUCGUUCAGUUGUGAAUUGUGAUGAUCGGAAAUCGGAAUCUCUUUUUUCCGUUUGCUGGCGGAGGAGAUCGGAACCGUCACCGAAAGUGGCGUUUCUGUUACAUAUAUACUGAGAUUUUAAUCCCCUCAUCCGAACGACAUGCAGGGUUUCGUUCUGUUUUGUCGUCGCUGUGGAUAUAUUGUAACGGAAAUAUGCAAUUAAAAUAUAUAUAAAACUGCAAGCAAGUAAUAAAGAAUUGUGAAAUCAAAAUGGUCAAUAAA